CAUUCUUUUACCUUGGCACAGUUUCAAGUUGACUACAAUUUCUCCAGCCGUUUGCAAUGUUCAAUAUAAAGUUAAUCAUCCUGGUUGCCCUGACCAUCUCCAUGGUGCAGAGCUGUUUCAUUGAGGAGCCCGAAGAGGUGCAGUGUGGAAGUGGCAAGCCCCAGUGCGUCUCCUGCGGAUCCAGGUCCAGCGGAUCCAGGUCCUGCGGAUGUGAAUGCAAUCCCUGUCGAUGUGCUUCCUCUUGUGGGUGUGGCUGCAAGGAUUAAUCCAGAACUCCAGGAUUCUUUGCUCCAAUCUUCCACGGGACUUUGCCCUCAGAAAACUUUUGUUUUUAAAAUUGUUUGCUUUUCCUUAUCAUUAAAGUACUGGUACAUUUUGCAAA